ACUUGGUCGGAAUUGAUCACCAGAUAAAACGCGACUGUCCCUCCUGCAUCUCCAUGCCCCCCUCGGCUUUCCACCAUUCCACUACCCGUUGCUGGAACUAGCGAUGAGCGAUAUACCCGUCCAGACUUCGGCAGGCCAACUGGAGACUCGAGGAACACCGGAGCCUGAAAACAGAGCAGCGGUCGACCACUCGCGUACGGUUGACGGAAUUGGGACGCCCAAGAGAGCAGCGGACGAUGGAGCAACCGACCCGUCGGUGAGCCCUGAGGAGAAGGGCAAGGCAGAGGCGGGGCUUCCAAAACAGCCAGCUUUGAAGAAAACCAAGACUGGCAUUGCUCGGGAGAAGAUAGAAGAUACACUCACCUGUGCCAUUUGCCUCUCGGGUUUGCACCAGGCCGUCAGUUGCCAGCCUUGUCUUCAUAGUUUCUGCAGAGGAUGUUUGACGGGAUGGAUAAAAUCUGGACAUAGUGCAAAAUGCCCGCAGUGCCGAGGCACUAUCACUAUGGCGGGAUGGAAUCACAAUCUGAAUGCACUGCUCGAAGCCUACCUGACAUUGAAUCCGAGCAACGCACGAAGUGAAGAGGAAAUCAAGGACCUCGAGACAGCCAACAUGUUCGGCCCAGGCGACAAACCUAUGCGGUUAGCGGAUACGUCUCAUCAGGACGAAUUUCUCAGUGCCAGUGAGGAUUCAUACGAAGACGAUGAGGAUGAGGAUGACGAUGAUGGACUUCCUCCGCUCCAUGCGUGCCCGUGCCCACUCCGAUCCGCGGCCGGACCUCUCAGGGGCUUUCAGUUUCAUAACAUACCGCCUGGCUCGUUUUCCGAGAAUCGAUUCGAGCAAACACUGCUUCGAAACUACCUAACCGAAAAGCGCUUAUCCGUGAACAGCGUUUGGCUCAGUGGGUUGGACGACAUCCAGCAUGGAAGAUACAUAUUGGAAACGAUUCUGGGGCAGCAUAAAGUACGACGCGCAGUUGUCAACACCAAUGGAGGCGACGCAAAUGCUGCCCAAGUGACCGACGGACAAGCCAACGCGGGACCGCAACCAACAGGCAAUGCCCACGAGGCGACCAACGGAGAAGGCGCCGCAGGAUCGCAGCUAGGUGUCGAUGCUGACGCAGCGACUGACAGAGAACCCUCCGCAGGGCUGCAACCAGUUGCUAAUGCCGAUGAAGCAACUGAUGGAGAAGCCAGCGCGGAACCCCUUCCCGAUAUCGAAGAUGCCGAGCAUAACGCUCCAGAACCUGGAGCAGCUGCUCAACCCAAUGCGCAACAGGCGCCAAGCAAUCCCAAUAUCCUUCCCGAAUUGUGCAUAUUCUGCUGCACCAGCAUUUUCGAAGAACUAUGCUACCUAUACCGUGAAGACUUGUGUCUGAAUGACCCCAGCAACAGCUUCCUUCCAGCUGAGGCUCGCAAUAGGCCGAAUUGUUGGUACGGGCGCGAAUGCCGAACGCAGCGUCACAACGAGUCGCAUGCGAGGCGACUCAAUCAUGUUUGCGCGCCUACUCCCAACCCGAACGCAAGAAACCGUGCUGUCCCGCUGCUGGGUUCUGUGUAAAUAGUUUCCAAUUUUAGUUGCACCCCCCCCCCCCUCUCCCCCCCCCUCCUCC